GAAACGUGUCCCGCGCGCCACGCCGUCUGUUUCCAGGGCAGCCCGGCGCCUCUUAGCAACCGCGCGCGCUGCCUGGGUCUCCUCCCGGCGCCCCCAGCUUGCCAUGGCGGCCGCGGGUCCUAGCGUCUUCCUGCUCAUGGUCAACGGGCAGGUGGAGAGCGCCCAGUUUCCUGAGUACGAUGAUCUCUACUGCAAGUACUGUUUUGUGUACGGCCAGGACUGGGCCCCCACGGCGGGUCUGGAAGAGGGCAUCUCACAGAUCACGUCCAAGAGCCAAGAUGUGCGGCAAGCACUGGUGUGGAACUUCCCCAUCGACGUCACCUUUAAAAGCACCAACCCCUAUGGCUGGCCGCAGAUCGUGCUCAGCGUGUACGGGCCGGACGUGUUCGGGAACGAUGUGGUCCGAGGCUACGGGGCGGUGCACGUGCCUUUCUCCCCCGGCCGGCACAAAAGGACCAUCCCCAUGUUUGUCCCAGAAUCUACGUCUAAACUGCAGAAGUUUACAAGCCGACCUCAGAGAGAGAAAUGCAGUGGCCCUGGCAGCUCCGUGGAUUCACACUUGGGACGUGCCAGGCUCGUGGUGGCUGCCACCCGUGCCUCCAUCCUCACAGCAACCUGUGAGGUGGGUGCUGUUAGAGCCCCACUCCUCAGAUGGAGAAACUGAGGUGCAGAGCGGUGGUGAUGCCCACCCAGCCCCGGCUGGAACCCUGGGUUCCCCAUUUCCCUCCCUGUCCUCUUCCUUGGGGCUGGGCAUCUGUGAGGCCCCCACUGUGUCCGCACAUGGCCUGCGGACAGACUGGGCGGUUGUUCCUUCACCCAGCAGCGUGAGCUGGCAGACGGAGGCCCUGCCCUGGGCAGCACCAGUGGCACUGGCGCCCUCCACCAUCAGGGUGGGCCGGGCCGAGGGAAGACUCACCCAGCCUCCGCCCAGCUUCCCUGCCCGUCGGGUGGCGAGGGCGGCUGUGCCUGGACCGGUGCCGGGCCCUCCUGUGGGUCAGCCCCUCCACGGAGGGCAGGGCGGAGCCCGUGCUGGGAGCUGCUGUGCACCAGAAGACGGGCAUUUCCAGGAGUGUGGGGACCGCGAGAGGCGCAGGGGCCUCGCUCCUUACAUACGGGAGGCCACGGGGCCUUCCUGGCACCCCGCGCUGCCCAAGUGGUCACAUCGUUGACCUCCCCAGUGCAGGUCCCCAAAGUGCAGGCCCGGGAGGUGGCUCCGGGACAAAGCCCGCGUCUGCCUGGCCCACCCAGCCAGGAAUAGUGCACGUGUCUGUUUCCGGCUCGAGUGGGUGUGUCGGAGGCGAGGCUGCUGCUCUGGAAGGAGCUGCCUUGGCUCAGCGCCACGGGGCCUGGAGCCAGGAGGCCGUGGUCCCGUGCAGCUCCACUGCUUCCUAACUGUGGCCUUGGGCGAGUCACUGGACUUCUUUCCCCUCUGUAAGGAGGGGAUACGCAGAGCCAGGCUGCUGUGAGGGGAAGGAAGGCAGCGGGGGUCGGGGCACCUCACCAGGGUGAGUGGCGUUAGAUGAUGGAGUGUGUCACUGCAGAC